UGGCGAGAUGCUGCGAGUGUAGAGUGUUUGUACACAGAGCGGGCGCGCACACAUACGCACACACAUACACACACACAUACACACACAUAUACACACACAUAGACACACAUAGCCAGCGGCAGCCAUGGCUUCGGGACCCUGCCUCUGGUUCUUACUGUGGAAUAUCUUCUGCGGAUCGCACUGCAUCUACUUGCCACCAAACGAAGUCAAUCUGCUGGAUACGGCAUCAAUACAGGGAGAUUGGGGGUGGCUGGUGCAUCCUCACAAUGGGUGGGAUGCCAUCAGUGAGAUGGACGAGUUCUUCACUCCAAUCCACACCUACCAAGUCUGCAACGUCAUGUCCCCAAACCAAAACAACUGGCUGAGGACUAAUUGGCUCCAGCGGAACGGGGCACAUCGAAUGUACAUCGAAGUUAAGUUCACCCUCCGAGACUGCAACAGCAUGCCGGGCGUCGUGGGGACUUGCAAGGAGACCUUCAACCUCUAUUACUUUGAGUCAGACAGAGAUAUCGGCCCCAAUGUCUUGGAGAACCAGUUUGUCAAGAUCGACACAGUGGCGGCUGAUGAAAGCUUCACCAGUGUCGACCUGGGAGUGCGGAAGCUGAAGUUAAACACUGAGGUCCGCGGGGUGGGCCCACUCAACAAAAAGGGAAUCUACCUGGCCUUCCAAGACAUCGGAGCUUGCAUCGCCAUAGUGUCAGUGAGGGUCUACUAUAAGAAAUGCCCGGCCAUGAUUCGGAACUUGGCCGUCUUUCCGGAUGCAGUGACUGGCGCGGACUCCUCGUCUCUGGUUGAAGUUCAAGGUCAGUGCGUGGACCACAGUGAAGAGAGAGAUACACCCAAGAUGUAUUGCAGCGCAGAGGGAGAGUGGCUCGUUCCCAUCGGGAAAUGCGUCUGCAGUGCCGGCUACGAGGAGCAAAGAGACAGUUGCCAAGCUUGUGAGCCUGGAUUCUUCAAGCCAAACUCGGGCGACCAGCUCUGCGCAAGAUGUCCUCUUCACAGCCACUCGGAUGUGAUGGGUGCUCUCUUCUGCCAGUGUGAUCUCAACUAUUACCGAUCAUCUUCCGACCUUCCCUCAGCACCUUGUACCAGACCACCUUCUGCUCCAGUGAGUGCUCUGUCCAGUGUGAAUGGGACCUCAGUAUAUUUGGAGUGGAUCCGACCCACCAACAGCGGAGGAAGGUUUGACAUCCGAUACAACGUCCUCUGCAGGAAGUGCGCAUGGGAGUCGAGUCAGUGCGAAGCGUGUGGAAAUCGGAUAAGGUUCAGCCCGAAGCAGAUGGGGUUGACGGAGCCCGCCAUCAAUAUAGUCAACCUCUUGGCCCACACCAACUAUACACUGCAGGUCGAGGCAGUGAAUGGCGUCUCUGACCUCAGCUUCGAGCCACGGCAGUUCAUUUCGCUUAAUGUCACCACUAACCAGGCAGCCCCAUCACAGAUCUUGGUUGUCAAGCAGGAAAACGCCAGUCAGAACAGCGUGACCUUGAUGUGGCAUGAACCUGAUCACCCCAAUGGCAUUAUACUGGAGUAUGAGAUCAAGUACUUUGAGAAGGGUAAGGAACAGCAGAGUUACUCCACACUGAAAGCCAGGGGGACAAGUGUGACUGUCUCCAACCUGAAACCUGGAACCCGUUAUGUAUUUCAGGUGCGAGCGCGAACAUCAGCUGGGUGCGGCCGUUUCAGUCAGACUGUAGAGAUUGAAACUGGGAAAAUAGUCUCCCUUCGAUAUGACACCACCACAAUAAUCUGGAUAUGCUUUGCUUUGGUGAUGGGGCUUAUCAUUCUCCUUGCAAUGUUUAUCUGCAAGAAAAGAAGGUGUGGGUACAGUAAAGCAUUCCAGGAUCCCGAUGAGGAAAAGAUGUAUUACCAAAAUGGACACCUCAGAUUCCCAGACCCAAAGAUUUAUGUUGACCCUCACACCUACGAAGACCCAGGCCAAGCCGUUCGAGAAUUUGCCCGAGAAAUAGAGGCAUCACGAAUAAAGAUCGAGAAAGUGAUUGGCUCAGGUGAAUUUGGUGAAGUAUGUUACGGUCGUCUGAAGUUGCCGGCCAAACGAGAGAUCCCCGUGGCUUUGAAAACUCUCAAAGUGGGAUACUCCGAGAAGCAGAGGCGCGACUUCCUGAGUGAGGCCAGCAUCAUGGGGCAAUUUGACCAUCCCAACAUCAUCCGUCUGGAGGGAGUUGUUACACGAAACAAACCAGUGAUGAUUGUUACAGACUACAUGGAGAAUGGGUCCUUGGAUUCAUUUUUGAGGAGCCACGACGGACAGUUCACUGUGAUCCAGCUGGUCGGGAUGCUGCGCGGCAUUGCUGCGGGAAUGAAGUAUCUCUCAGACUUGGGAUACAUCCACCGGGAUCUCGCGGCUCGAAACAUCUUGGUGAACAGCAACCUGGUGUGCAAAGUGUCGGACUUUGGCCUGUCCCGGAUUUUGGAAGAUGACCCGGACGCAGCUUACACCACCACUGGCGGAAAGAUUCCGAUCCGCUGGACAGCGCCCGAGGCCAUUACGUAUCGCAAGUUCUCCUCAGCCAGCGACGUCUGGAGCUACGGGGUUGUCAUGUGGGAGGUCACAUCAUACGGAGAGAGGCCCUACUGGAACAUGACCAACCGAGAUGUCAUUAAGUCGGUGGAAGAGGGUUAUCGUCUUCCAGCCCCCAUGGGCUGCCCGGCAGCUCUUCACCAGUUAAUGCUGGACUGUUGGCAGAAGGAUCGCAACGAGAGACCCAAGUUCCUCCAAAUCGUCAGCGUGUUGGACAAGCUCAUUCGAAACCCGACCAACCUUAGGAUUUUCGAUACCACAAGCAGAAUGACCAGCCCGCUUUUGAACAGAAAUAUCCCCCACUUUGCAUCCUUUGCCUCGGUGGAUGAAUGGCUGGAUGUCAUUAAAAUGGGCCGUUACAAAGACAAUUUUGCAGUCGCGGGUUAUUUAUCACUGGGUCUGGUGAUGAGAAUGAACACGGAGGAUGUCCGAAGACUUGGAAUAACAUUAAUGGGACAUCAGAAGAAGAUUCUCAGCAGCAUCCAGAUCAUGAGGACACAACUGAUGUGUGCAAAUGGACCUGGUAUACACGUAUAGCCACAAAUAUGUCAUUACAGAAUGUACAGUAACUCAAGACUAAUGGCACAAUGGAAAUCAAAAUGGCUGCACAUCAAACUGUUGCAAUCUUGCCUUUAAUACAAAAGAUAAAGGAUUUACAAAAGCAAAAGAUGGGUCCUGCCUCCCUCCUGACAGAACAUCUUGGAAAUGCUACCAUCAUUACCAAUCAUGUUAUAAAGAUCUUCCUUCACGUAGGUGGGUUUCUCUAGAGCCAAGCCAUGCCUGGAUGAGUUCAUGGCCUGUCUCUUCUUUGCUGCAUGAAACUGAGCCAGAGAUAACCAGGCAUGGGCGAGCGUGGACGUAGAACUGGACAAAGUAAGUACUUUGUUGGAACAUCGGUAAGGAAGAGACGAUCUUGCAUUGAGAAAGUGGUCUACAGCGAACUCCCGAUUAACACUGCCAGUCACUGUGGAAGUGCCACAGGGUGGCUCUGUCACUUCCCAUGGAUCGAACUCAAUUUCAAGGAUGGUGCCCACCUUUUUUGUAAAGUUCUGCAGCAAAGCUCCAUUUUAACGUGCAACAUCGCCAAGGAUGUUAGGACAUGAGGAGUUUGGCCGAAGGUUUAAAAAUGGUCAACUUACAAAAAAAAAAAAAAGAUUUUCUUGUUUAUUCUCCACUGAAUGAAAGUUUGAACUGUGCAGAUCAUUUACUGUUUGUUCUUUUGCCUGGUGUUGCAGUUUUAAGGUUUGCGAUUCUGGCAGGAAACCGUUUGACCUGCUCAGAAAUCAGGAUCAGGGUCUAAUCAGGCCUGUCCAUCUUAUCAGUAAAUCAUAUGUAUUACAUUGUACCCAUCUAUAAAUUGCAGCCUCACCUCCAAAUAAAAUAACUACACUCUUCUAGACUCCAGAAGACACAAGGUUAGGCUUAAUGGUGUAAAAGUCUACUCUGUGCUUGACAGGUUUCAGUUCCUCUGAAUCAGUGCUCCAGAAUCAAAUUCCACAGAGGUUAUCCUAAAUGAUCUCUGGGCCUUGCGAGGAACCGUGCUAAUUACACCGCGUAUUUGUCCAGUCAUCUGCAGAGGUGCUGAGACUGAAUGGAAUUAUCAGGAGCGUUACAGAGUUUGAUAGUUUCAGACCUUUUCCACUGUAAAGGGGUUGUCGUUACUUCAGCAAGUUUAAUUCCGGCCUUUCAAACUGAUUGACAAAAUAAGCUCACAGACAAGUUCAUCGCUGAUGUGCAAGUACUUUCAGUAAGUAGCCAAUGUGUCAAAGGUAGACAAGGAUGCUGGAGAAACUCAGCGGCUGAGGCAGCAACUAUGGAGCGAAGGAAUAAGUGACGUUUCAGGUCAAAACCCUUCUUUAGCCAAUGUGUCAAAGUCACUCUGAGAAGUAUGUCAUUAUAACCUCAAACCUUCUCUGAAAUUUGACAUAUAGAAUACAAUAUUGGAAGCUGAGCAGUGGAUUUUGAGUUUCAAAAGAAACUUUAAGGUUUUGUAAUGUUAAACCUGCAAGCAAGGAGUAAUACCGAGAGGAAGAGGCAUAUUUAUUGGGUAUAUUGACUCAAAUGUUCGACGGAGACAUGUCUUUAUCUAAAUUUUAUUCUUCAUAUGAUGGAGUUAAUUUAGGUUUGCUGAACAGAAAGGAUAUUAGAUUUGUAAUUUAAAUGAUCCUGGCUUGUAAAAUGCUAUAUGAAUUUGAAAGAAAGGCAUGGCUCAGUGGUAUAAUUCCCCUCUUCCAAGGCCUAAGCUGGAACGUGAUGCUUUGAGAGAUUCCUAGAGCAAUGGAAAAAGGUCUUAUAUGAAUUACAAUAUUCACUUCAAGCUCAUUACACAUACCUCACAACGACAUGGACCUUUCAAUAGUUGCUAUUAUAAAGUAGAAUUUGCGAAAUGUAAGAGAAAACUUCUGAACAGCAGGCAGAGAGGGGCAUUGUUACCAUUGCACACAUGUAUUUCUUCAGGUUGUGUUAUACCCUGCAGUUAUUUAACAGUUAUUUCUCUACAAUGCAUCUAACCACAAGAGUGAAUAAAUUUGUAAAAUAUGGACUUUUAA